AGUGGUUCGGUCCUCACUCCAGCUGAUCGGCCCAGGAUCCCCGGUGUCUCGGUCUGACCGUCGUUGGCUUUAACGGCCGCGGUGCCUCCGCGUCGACUUAAACUGUUCUAAAUUUCACGGAGUCAGUGGCCGCUCGUGUCGGCAAAUCGUUCAUCAUACAGUGAAGCCCCGAAGGAAACUCUGCCCUGGGUAUUGGCUGCGUACUUGUCAAAGCCACGGGGAUCUAAACGCAAAUACGAGGCCCUCGCUUCAUCCACGGAUUCACCUGCUACGCGGAGAGCCUGACAACACGGGAGAGCGACAUGGGGGACACGGGGAGUGAGGGCAGCAAGCCGCCGAGUAACGUUAACGUUAUACCCCCGCGCUGCCCCUGUGGUUUCUGGGGGUCAAGCAAAACUAUGAAUCUCUGCUCAAAAUGUUUUGCAGACAUUCAGAAGAAACAGCCAAAUGAUGACUGUGCCCCAAAGGCCUCUUCAAGCUCCAGCAACAGUCAAGCAGACAUCUUCUGCAAUGACACCAACAGCAGCAUUAGCCAGUCACUGAUGUCGAUGCCAAGCACGUCAGAAGACCCUUUGCCCAGAGAGACCGUAGUCACAUCUGUACCUGUUCAGGACGGAGUGUCCAGCACAGACACAGUCUUGGGCUCCCUCUCCACUCCCACGAAACGUUCCUUUGAGUCAGCCUCAGAGUCAGAAAGUGACGUUUCUCCCGAGAAGCGGGCAAGAGUGGGCGAGGUCCCAGAGGGCGAGGAGUCUUCAUCAUCGUCUGCAUCGUCAUCAUCCUCGUCUCGCGGCGGCUCCAAACAGCGGAGCCGCAAACGUUGCCAUCGCUGCCAAACCAAACUGGAGCUGGUACAGCAAGAGCUGGGUUCCUGCCGCUGUGGUUAUGUCUUCUGUAUGCUCCAUCGGCUUCCAGAGCAACACGACUGCCUGUUCGACCACCUGGGCCGCGGGCGUCAGGAGGCCGUCCUCAAGAUGGUUAAGCUCGACCGUAAAGUGGGCCGCUCGUGCCAGCGCAUCGGGGAGGAGUGCUCUUGAGCGGCCGCUCCCUCAAAAGAAUCUCUGUGUUCAGACGGCGUCCCAGCACUAACAGGGAUAUGAUUUUUUCUUUUUCUUCUUUUUUUAGGAUUUUUGCAGAUUUUUUGGAUACAAACCUCCUCAGCUUUUUCUUUUUAAAUAAUCCUCUAUCUUUUUAAAUUCUCCUGUUAACCCACAUUCUGGUUGUUUCUCGCUUCUGUUGGCUCGAUCAUAUCCCUGCUGCUAAGAUGCCUUGUGGGGGGAAAAAAAAAUAAAUAAAAAAGCAAACCCAGGAAUGACGGAACAAUGAGGAAAAGGAAGCAUACGGUUUCUUCACCUUUUUUUGCAAGUUCUUGAGUGCGCGCAGUAUGAAUGGAAUAAGAAUAAGUAAAAGGAUGGAGAGAAGAAAUACAAUGCAAUUGAAACCAGACUCUACUCUAUACCUCAGAGAAGAAAAGAAAAAGAAUGGAGUGAUGAUGAUGAUGCGGAGGAGGAGGAGGAGGGGAAGAGGGAUGAGAAAGAAAUGGUUAUCCUUCAUGUACACUUUGACUUUGGCGCUGUUUAUAGACUGUGCUCUUUACCUCAAUAUCAGACCAGAGCUGCUUUGUACUCUGCGCCAACAUAGGACUUUGUCAAGCAAACAAGCCAACCAGUCUCAGUUUAAAUCAGUGUCUUACCCCCUGGCUGCCCACCAACUAUGAUCCUAAACCUUCAGAAACACAAACACCUGUUAAUCAUUCACCUCAGGAUACUGAAGCUCAAUCUUCCCUCCUCCUCCUCCUCCUCCUCCUCCUCCUCCUCCUCCUCUCACCAACUCGCAUCCUUCUCCUCUGCUCUGGAGGACACCAUUUAUCUGUUUUGUUCUAAGGUUUUUGAGGAGGUGUUUCUGCCACUGUGGAUGAAACCGUCGGGAUACUGUCGAACUCCGUGUUCAGAACUAGCAGCGUGUGCCGGACCCGGACACACACAUUGGUGGUGGGAACAGCGAACUAAUUGUCCUCGGGAUUACUCACAGAUCCGUUUUUCGAUGUUGGAAUGUGACUGAUGAAGACUUCGUUUGUUGAGGAUUUUCUCCGUCUUCCCCUAUUUGUCUGUCUUUAUCUCCUCAUCCUCCACGGACCUUCUCAUGCCCAUAGACUUUUUCAACGAGUGCGUUCAGCCUGCGCCGGAUAUUUUCAAACAACGGGACGAUGACAUUCACAGGACACGCGAGGCAACGCGCGCUCGCGAUUUAAGACUGGACCUGAAUGUCUGCAUUGUCAUAUAUUACUACACUUUUGCAAAUACUUAUUAUUUGUUAUUUGUCAUGAUAUCCUAUUUUAUGUUCUCAGCUGUUGUUCACAUUGAGCACAAACAGGUAAAAAUCAAGCAUUCUGUAUUCUUUGGACCGAAGAUACGAAAGCUAACUGUUUCCACUUGGGAUUAUGAUUGGCUGUUGAGGUCUUGUAAUAUUCUAGGUCUUCAUUUGAGUUGUCCACACUUUAAGGUGAAUUUCGUAGUGAGCUUUGAAGCAAGGUUUCAUGUCUUUGGUUUUCACCCCUUUUGCCUGUACUUUAAUGCCCCUUACUACAUGUUCUGAUUUCCUACUAGCACGAUGAGAUCACACGAAUCCUCCUUCCCUUCACUUCCCUGGGUUGUCUCAUCUUUCCCUGUAUUGAUUGCUCUAUUUUUCCUUAUUUCGCCCUGUCCGUCUCCCUCCCUCCCUCCUUCCCUCACCCUCGUUACGCUGCAGAUGAGGGGAUGGGGCCGGGAGAAGGUGAGCAGAGUGCUGAAAGUUAAUGUCAGCAAAUAAUUACUUUCCACGCAUUUUCCUGGUGGACUGUAGAAGGAAAGAACAGAAAAUACAUAACGAAUGAAUAUUGUGUAUCUUAAAAAAAAAUACCUUAUUUAACCUCUUUUGCGUUUUGGACUUAAGUGUAGAGCUGCGUUUUUGGUUGUAACGUGGUUAUGAAAUGGAAAGGUGAAUGUGGAAAUUUUAUUUUUGUUCCUUUUGCUUUACAUUUUAUUUCUCCUUUCCAACUUUUUUUUGUUUUACUGAGAAAGAAUAAACUGGAUUAGAAAAAAAAUGUGAGCAUCUCUGUGGUACUUGCAGACAUGGAUGGAAAGAUUUACAUAUUCUGUUUGUUUUUCUUUUCUUUUUGUUCAGAUUUAUUUUGACACCAAUCACAAGACAAAAUGUGGGAUGAUGACCUUUAAUAUGUUAAAUGAAUUCAUGUCUGAGGUGAGGUGGCCUAACUCUUCCUCCAACAUGUUAUUGGCUCUCCUGGAUGUCCUAACAUCGUUAUAAUGUUUAUAGUGAUGUAAACGUCUGUUUACUGCUCAAAGAGGGCUGCUAUAUACCCACUCUCAAUUACUUAAAAAAAUCUGUUGUGUGUGUGAACAUGCGUGCUUGCAAAUGGUAAGUUUUAACUAAAGAGGCUUUUCUGAUGGCAGCAAUGAGUCUUGUGGGUUUUCUGAAUUAAUUAAUGCAAUUUUGAAGUCAGUCAGCUGCCAGCCUGAGUGGAAUCUCUCACCCUUUUCCUCCCCCGAACCGAAACUGCAGGAGCAACCACUUUAAUGUGGCUUAAAUGUGAUAAUUUUACAUCAUCAUCUGGUUGUGUCAGCUUUUCAGCUGUGACGUCGUACUCAUCGGGCCAUCAGACAUGUGCAUGGUAUCGAAGGAGAUCUAAUGUUCGAGUUCAUAUUUGUCUGAUGUCAUUUUCAGAAAAUAUUUAUUGUAUAAUCUGUUGAUGAUCCAACUAGGGCUCCAUCAACUGACCACUGUGCAGCCGUAACAUUAAAACCACCAACCAGUGAAGUGAACAACCC